AUGUGUUCAAGUAACCAGCUCGGGCAUCCUUUGCACUGGAGUGUUCGUAGUGCAUAUACGGCAAACACGGCUCUUCAUUACUUCACCUCUUGGGAUGCUACGAAGGCUGGUGACGUCUCACGAUUGCACUACGUCUUUUCGAAUGGCACAAUUUUGGAAAUACGUAACUUGGAUCUAGCCUUUUGGGAGUACGUACCUGGUAUCCGGUUUUUGAAACCAGAUGCCAUUACCUAG